AUGGAUCGAUUGUUGGAAAGUGUUAAAGAUUCAGCUUCAUACGAAAGUUUUGUGAAUACAGAAGAAGGUAAAAAUAUCAUAAACAGAAUUGUUCAAAUCGUUGACGAAAUUAAUGUGCUUCCUGAUGAUGAAAAGUUGAAAUUUGAACAUAAAAUAGGAAAAAAGAUAAAUGAAACUUUAAUUCAACUGAAGUAUCCGGAAAAAAGUGAAUUUAGUGAACUUGUAACAUAUUCUUUAAAUCGAACCGUCUGCUAUUGUUUUGUUUUUAUUGUUGUCGGAGUCGUUCUUCUCUACAAGAUCUUGAGUUACAACAAAAAGAAAAUAAAUAAAACGCAUACAAAAUUGAAGAAAAUAUCUCAUCAACGCAAAAUUAAGCAAUCUUGAAAUUUUAACGCCUUUAAUAAACCCUCCUUUUGCUCCAAAAUUUCAUCGAUAGUUAUUAUUCGAAGAGUGAAAGUUUAAUUGAAGAUGGCAAUUACUGCACUAUUGUCAGAGAAGAGCAGA